AUGUCUCCCAAAAAUGUGACUGAAUUUGUUCUCUUGGGACUCACACAGAAUCCACAUUUGAAGAAAAUACUCUUCAUUGUCUUUUUGUUCAUUUUCCUAUUUACCUUGCUGGCAAAUCUCUUUAUUGUAAUCAUCAUCUCCCUCAGCCCCACACUUUCAGCUCCCAUGUAUUUCUUUCUCACUUAUUUGUCCUUCAUAGAUGCCUCCUUCUCCUCUGUCACUACCCCAAAAAUGAUCAUUGACCUGCUGUAUCAGAGGACAACCAUAUCCUGGGGUGGCUGCAUGACUCAGCUCUUUUUGGAACACUUCCUGGCAGCGUCAGAGGUCAUCGUCCUCAUGGCCAUGGCUUAUGACCGCUAUGUGGCCAUUUGCAAACCUCUUCACUACAGGAACAUCAUGCAACAUGGGCUCUGCCAGCUCCUAAUUGUGGUGGCCUGGAUAGGGGGGAUCCUGCACUCCACUGUGCAGAUUAUUUUCACACAUGACUUGACCUUCUGUGGUCCCAAUGUCAUUGACCAUUUCAUGUGUGAUUUCUUCUCACUGUUGGAACUUGCCUGCAGUGACAUUUACAGGCUUGGAAUGGUGGUGGCAAUUAACAGUGGGGGCAUGUGCAUGCUCAUUUUUUUCAUGCUAUUCAUUUCCUAUAUGGUCAUCCUAAGCUCCCUUAAAUCCCUUGGCUCUGAAGGACAACGCAAAGCCCUCUCUACCUGUGGCUCCCACUUUACAGUGGUGGUACUCUAUUUUAUCCCUUGUAUCUUUACUUACAUACGUCCUGUGGCCACUUACCCUGCAGACAAGUUGGUGAGUGUGUUCUUUGCAAUCCUCACCCCCAUGUUAAAUCCUAUCAUUUACACAGUGAGAAACAUGGAGGUGAAAAAUGCUAUAAGGAGUUUGUUAAAGAGGAGAGUAACUUAA